GUCCCCUGCUGAGUGCCGGUUACUGGAGGAGGAGGAGCGGCGGCGUAUUUCCCCCUGAGAGUCUUUCCGGAAACAAGUUUGUUCUGAGUCAAAAGAUUGAGUAACAACGGCUCUGCCCCGGUGACUAACCUAGCCACGCGAGGGAAUCCCGGCAGGUGAUUGGACAAUACUGGCUUUACCACGUCACUCAGGAUCGUCAAUAUAACUUGUGCGGAGCGAGUCGCUGUUUCAAAUCCCAGCUGUUGUGAGAUUUGUACAUGUCGAGGACCCAAGAAAACAACAAGAUGUCACUACAUGAAAACACAAUGGACAGCUCACCUGUGGAGAGAUCUCAGACUACACACAGCAGACAGACACACAGACUGUAUCCAUCACUACGAAAGUACAGAGACGAGGUUGGUGUGGCGGACCACUCCACUGGAGAAAAGCUUCACACAGCUGCAGGGUAUCAUCCCAACAGCCUGCGCAGAGACACUCAGUCAGGAGCGUCGGCUGCCGGCAGUGACAUCAGAAUGAAAGCCCAGAUACUUAUCUUGGAGAGGAAAAUGCACGAGCUUCUCUGUAUUAAUGAGAAAUGGGCUAUAGAGUACUACGCCAUGAAAGAGAAGGUCCAAGACUUACAAGCAUUACUGCAAGGCGAUCACUCGGCAGCGGAGAAGUGUGGAGAAGGAGAAAAGAACGUCACGUUAAACGAGAAAGUCACAGAAGAAGAGAACACAUGGAUUGUGGAGGAGUUACUAAAAGCAGAAAAGAAGGCGACGGAGCUGCGAGCACAAAACGACACUCAGACCCGAAGAUUGCAUCAUCAGGAAGAGGAGAUCAGAAGAUUGAACAAGGCUUUAAAGGAGGCAAGUCAGACUACUCAACCUCUCGAUGUCUGGGAACAGCAGGCAGAAGUCUACAAGGAAGACUUCUUGACUGAGCGCAAGGACAGGGAGAAGCUUAAAAGCAAAUACCUGGAACUAGAGAUGAAGUUUAGAAAAGUUCACAGUGAGCUACAUGCCCUCAAAUCUCAGGCGACUCGGACACCGCGGCCUGUACCUGAAUGCACCUGCACAGAUCGAGCUACAAGUCCGAACUGGGAGGUCCGCCAGAUUAACCAUAACUACAUCCAGUUGCAAAGACGUUGCACACUUGAUAACAAAUCGUGAAAUUCAACGACCUCCUCGCCCUUUGUGGACGUCUCCGAUCACAGUUCAUCAGUAGCAUUGUGAGACUUUAGUUUAUCAAGCAGCACAACAUCAAGGAAGUGAGCUCUGUUCCGUUUCAGUCCUCGGCCGACGGCUCUGCUGCAGGUUCAGCUUCAGGUUCAGCUUCAGGUAGUUUUCGUCGUGGUCGUAAUCCACCAUUUGGAGACCUUGGAAUCAAAUACAUAAAAAAGACACUUAAAGGGCCGGUGAAAUAGAAAUGUGACACUCGAGUAGAAACACUUCCCACGAGGAGAAAAGCAGCAAAGAGUGAGAUAAAAUACUCUAACCCGUUGUGUGCAAAGUUUUCUACGUAAGCCAUUGCGAGCUUGCUCAGUUCCUCCUCUUCGUGUGACACAGGUCCUUUCGGGAGAUAUGAUUUAUUGCACUGCACCAAACACCAUCGACUUCAUCAAAAGUGCGACACAAUGGGAUCUUCCUAAUUCAAGUACCUGUAACCACGGUUUGUACGGUACAAAAGGAGGAUACGAGAAAAAACAAAGCAUCGUCGUAGUGGUCUUGUCGUGCACAGGAGGAGGAAUUAGAAUCAUCAAUCAAGUCGUGUUCUGAUGACGAGAGCUGUGAAAGGAUUCUGAGUCACCGUAAAGCACCUCUGUGGUAUGCAGCCACUUUUAGAACAGGAAGAAUGAGCACCAUGUCGCCAAGAAUCUCUGUGAAAGUGUCCCGUACGUUCUCCGGAGAGUCAUCCUGUCGCAGGUAUUCAUUCAGUAUUAGUUUGUUUGCACCUGACGCCUGUCAGAGGAAAGACAGAUAGGUUGUGGAAGAAAUAAAUAAAUAUAUAGGAAUGUUCAUUUUUACAGUAUGUGUGUGGAUACUUAGGUUUGUUUGUUGCCUGUUUCUUGUGUAUUUAUCAUGACAAUAAAGCAUUGGACGUA